GUUGAUAAAAUUGUGAUAAGGAUACCGGCCACUUGGUUUUUAGACUUUUAAAAUGUAUUACAGUAUGAUUAAUGAACAAUGAGAAUUACACAAGCGUUCAUUCGAUUUAUGAGUUUACUACUUUAGACUUUGAUGUCUACAAAUUACUAUUAAUUACAUUCAUAAAUACAUCUUUUCUAUACUUAAUUUUAUUAUACAAAUUUGAGAUACUUUGUUUGAACUUUAAAAAUAUUUUCCACAAAAAUGAUUAGAAUUGUUAAAGUAACUAAUCGCAUCUUGGGAAAUGCAAAUCAUGCUCAAGGGUUAUUGUCGAAUGUCUUGCGUUUUUCUACUUCUCAUGUUAAAGAUCGUUAUUAUACUGAUAAACAUGAAUGGAUUGAUGUGAAAGAUAAUAUUGGUACCAUAGGAAUUUCAGAUUAUGCUCAAGAUGCUUUAGGUGAUGUGGUUUAUGCUGAGCUACCUGCUGUUGGAACAGAAGUAAAAAUAAAAGAUGAAUGUGGUGCAUUAGAAAGUGUAAAAGCUGCAAGUGAACUGUACAGUCCUGCAUCUGGCAAAGUAGUUGAAAUAAAUUCUCAGGUGGAAACAAAACCAGCAUUAAUAAACCAAUCUUGUUAUGAAAAUGGAUGGCUUUUUAAAUUAGAACUAUCAUCUCUGGAUGAAGUACAGAAUUUAAUGAAUGAAGAACAGUAUGCUGAAUUUAUUAAACAGGAUCAUAGUUAACUCUAAAAUAAGUAACUUAUGAUCUGUUAGAUAAAAUUUACUUAAUGUAAAAUAAUGUUAAAUAUUUUACAUUGACUAUUACUUUAUGUUUUAUAAGUAGCCCAAGUAUAGGUGAUUUUUGUACAGUUUUAUUUAAUUUUUUUCAAUG